AUGAGUCACGUGGCACGCGUACCGUUGUUCGGGACGACGCGUCGCGACAGUCGACUCCUUGAACCGUCCGGAUUUAGUCAUAUACGCGACUGCUGUUCGACGUCCCCGAGAGCUCAACAAGCUGCCUGCCUGCGUACUGCUGCUGCGAGCCAGCUGCGACUAGCCUCUCAAUAUGUCCCGCUACUCCGACCUCCUCUCGCCCAACAUUACUCCUACUGGCACACCUACCAAGCUUCAAAGUCACAGAAAUCGCGGCAGCGGCGCGAGCCCUCUGGCGUCUUUUCGCUCUUCUCGCCUCCGCAAAUACAGCAAUUCCGCGAGGCAUUCUCGUUGAUCGACCAUGACGGGAACGGCGUCGUCAGUGAGCAGGACUUGAAGCACGUCUUCGCAAGUCUCGGCAUCACGCCGUCGAAGACGAUGAUAGACGACCUGCUCGCAGACCGUCCAGGCGACCGGAGAGGCAGUGGGCUACACUCCCGGCUGCCCUCAUUCGAGACGGACGCUUCUGGUGACAGAGGGAUCACCUUCCCCAUGUUCCUGACCAUGAUGGGCGAGCACCUGUACGACUUUGACACGGAACCAGAGCUCCUAGAGGCGUUUGAGUGCUUCGACGAGAACGACUCGGGACUCGUCAAGUGCGAUGAGAUACGGAAGUGGCUUGGGGAUGUCGGGGAAAGGAUGGACCAGAAAGAGAUUGACAAGCUCUUGAAGGGGCCCUUUACAGAUCGGCAAGGAAAUUUCAACUAUCGGGAAUGGGUGAAGGUCUUGCGAAUCAACGCGGACAACGAGGAACCCGAGACUCCCCUCUAA